AUGGUCAAGCGCAAGGUUGGAGCGCUCGAAAAGGUCGACGCAGACCUGCCCAAUCUGCAGUACAAGGUCCGACGAGACCCGGCCCAAUACCAGGCCUUUCUGCAACUCUUCAUGCAGGCUCCGAGCUCGACCGAUUCUCAGGGUCUGGUCAGUCUCCGAGAGCUAAUCGACUUCGUCGCCCACUGCGCCGACUGCUAUCCCAAACUCACCGCCGACUUCCCUACCGAUCUCAUGGCCCUGCUUCGCCUGCACCAUGCCGAGUUGGAACCUGAACUGCGUGAUAAGGUCGUUGGCAGUCUGGUCUUGUUGCGCAAGAAGGAAAUCAUUGACUCUGCAGUUCUGCUCAACGCUCUCUUCCCUCUACUGGUCGAUACCCCUAGCAAAGCUCUCCGUACCCUCUUGUUCACCAAAAUCAUCUCCGACCUCCGCACUUCGAACUCAAAGGCUACCAACCACAAGCUCAACCGUACCAUUCAGACUGUUCUCUACAACUUGCUCACUUCCGAUCCCACUUCGCCCAAGGGUGUCUGGGCUGUGCGCAUCACUCGUGAGAUGUGGGCUAGGCAAAUCUGGACAGACGCGAAGGCUGUAGAGAUCAUGAAAGAGGCUGCUUUGUCGCAACACGAAAAGGUCGUUACUGGAGGUGUACACUUCUUCCUAGGUGGAGACAAGGAGCGUGAGGAGAAGGCAGAGGAGGACAGCGACGAUGACGACAAUAUCGACAUGGGCAAGUUGCGCCACCAGGCCGGUAUCAACAAGAAGACAAAGAAGAAGGCCAACGAACUGAAGAGAGCGGCCGCCACCGUCAAGCGCAAGGAGAAGAAGAAGAAAGCUCCACACCCUCUCAACUUCUCUGCCCUGCACCUCCUGCACGAUCCUCAGGGCUUUGCUGAGAAGUUGUUCCACCAACACCUUAACACCCAGACACCCAAGGCCAAACUCAAGCUCGACCAGAAGCUGGUUGUUUUGCAGCUCGUUUCUCGUCUUGUCGGUCUGCACACGCUAACCCUGAUUCCCCUCUACUCCUACUUCAUCAAGUAUCUCACCCCCAAGCAGCCCCAGGUCACUUCCUUCCUUGCAUCGCUUGCUCAGUCAACGCACAACCUUGUUCCUCCGGAUGCUCUUGAGCCUCUUGUUCAGAAGAUCGCCAACGAGUUUGUUUCCGAAGCUGCUGCUUCUGAAGUCGCGUCAGCUGGUCUGAAUGCGAUUAGAGAAAUUUGUGUCAGACAGCCUCUUGCCAUGAAUGAGACUCUCCUCCAGGAUCUUGUCGAGUACAGAAAGAGCAAGGACAAGGGUGUCAUGAUGGCCGCAAAGGGUCUACUGAGUUUGUACCGUGAAGUCGGUCCAGAGAUGUUGCGUAGAAGAGACAGAGGCAAGGAUGCUUCAAUAGGCAUACAAAAGGGUACCCUCAAGGACAGGAAGUUCGGACAAGUCGAGGUUGGUGGUAUCGAGGGCCUGGAGCUGCUUGAGGAAUGGAAGGCGGAGGAAAGAAGGAAACGACGCAUUGAGAAGGGUCUUGAUCCUGAUGCUUCCGAUGUAGAUGAAGAUGACGAGGAAGAAGAUGAAGAAGCAGGUUGGAGCAAGUGGGAUCUUGAAGAAGAUGACGAUUCAGAUGAAGAAGGCUGGAUCAACGUCGAAAGCGAUGGUGAAGACAUCAACAUCAGCGACAGCGAAGACGAAGAUAAGAAGCCAAAGGCAAAGAAGCAGAAGACGGACGCCGACGCACCCAAGGACACUGAAGACACACCCAAAGACCCCGUUGCCGAGUUCUCCAAACUGGCCACGACCCGCAUCCUUACACCUGCAGAUCUUGCCAAGUUACAGGAGCUACGAACGAGUGCAGCCGUGGCCAAACAUAUGCCUUCACAAAGACGCCAACAGCAGACAGGUUCGGGACGUCACGCUGACGACCCUCUUACAGCUGCUGAGAUUGAGGGACUUGCGGCACUGUCUUCGCGCGCGACCAAGGAGGAGAAGAUCGCGAUGGCGAAGGGAGACCGCGAUGAGAAGCACAUGUCGACCACGGCCAAGCGCAAGGAGAAGAAGGAGGCUGAGNGGCAAGAGUACAACCAACAAAGAGAAGGCUCGCAGAAGAACUUCCUCAUGACUCUAGGAAAGGCAAAGAGGAAGGGUAAGAGAAGUUUGGUUGAACAUAGAAAGAUCUUGAGAGGUCACAUCGAUCGGCAAAAGCGUGGUGGCAAGCGUGGAAAUGUUGGAUAG